CCACUUUGACCAGAGAACCACCUUUCUCUUUUCUACAUUUGCUCUCGUCUUUCUCUUUCCCUUUUCCCCUUUUUUCUUCCUCUUCUUUGAUGCUUCUGAGAGAUGGCGGUGGAUUUCAUGAUGGAGUAUAGGAACAACAACAAAAACAGCGAUUUCAGAGCGAAAAUGGAAGACAACGCCGUACAGGAAGCGGCGUCUGGCCUCGAGAGCGUCGAAAAGCUUAUCAGAUUGCUUUCGCAGAGCCAGCAGCAAUACCUAUCUUCGUCGUCCUCGUCCUCGAGUUCGAAGCCGUCCAUGGAAAUGGAGAUGGACUGCAAGGCUGUGGCGGACGUUGCCGUCUCCAAGUUCAAGAAGGUUAUUUCUCUUCUGGGUCGGACCCGGACUGGCCACGCUCGCUUCAGAAGAGCCCCUUUGGGUUCCCAAAUCGAAGAUAAAGAGAAGGCUUCUGAGCCCGACAGAGUUUACUACGCGACUCCGAUCCAGCAGAUCCCACCUCUUCCUCACCACAAUCUGAAUAAUCAGUACCAGUACAGCGACUCUUUGAUGCCUAAAAAGGGUGUCAUCGACAGGAAGGACGCGUCCACCACAAUUAAUUUUUCUUACUCCUCUGCUCCGACCUCGUUCAUGUCGUCUUUGACUGGCGACAUAGACAGCAAGCAGCCAUCUUGUUCUUCGGCUUUUCAAAUCACGAAUCUGUCCCAGCUUUCCUCCGUGGGAAAGCCACCUUUGUCUUCGUCAACCUCCUUGAAGAGAAAGUGUAGCUCCGAAACUUUGGGUUCCGGCAAGUGCGGUGGCUCCUCCGGCCGAUGCCAUUGCUCCAAGAAAAGCAGAAAGUUGAGGAUGAAGAGGGUGGUGAGGGUUCCGGCGAUUAGCUUGAAGAUGGCUGAUAUUCCACCGGACGAUUUUUCUUGGAGGAAAUAUGGACAGAAGCCGAUUAAGGGUUCUCCUCAUCCAAGGGGUUACUACAAGUGCAGCAGCGUUAGAGGGUGUCCAGCACGUAAACACGUUGAGAGAGCACUGGAUGAUCCAUCUAUGCUGGUUGUGACCUACGAAGGCGAGCACAACCACUCUCUCCCUGUUACCGAUGCUACCAGUCUCAUCUUAGAAUCGUCUUGAACAUCACAGAGAGCUGCAGAAAGCCUCUCCAUGUUUCAUUAAUUCAUCGAAAGGAGCCAAGAAUAGUAGCAGUUGCAGCAGCAGCAGCAGCUGUAGCUGUUGGUUCUCGGUCAGACUCCACUCUUAUCUCGAAGGAGAUUAGUGGGGUUAGUUCAAUGCCUGUAACAUAUUGGAUUCCUUCCUCUCUUUUCUCUUUCUUUCUCUCUCUUGAACACCAGAAUCAUUAUGAAUUUAAAAAACCGAAAAAGGAGAAGAUGGUGGAUUUGGUGAUUAUAGAUUUGGGUAUGAAUACGUAACAAAAAGAAGUGGGUUCUAUUC